AAUGAAAGUGCAUGUGCUUAUAAACAGUUGAAUUGUGUCGCAAAUCAAACAGUCUCCAUUGACUUAAGCGCGCUCAAAUACAGCAAACAGUAUGAUCACGGACUAAAUUUGCCAGGAAAAACUGCAUCAAAAAGAAAUUGACGAUAAAAGUUAGAGUUACAAGUUUGUGUAGUGCCUGUACUUUGCCUCGAUGGAUAUAUUGGAAAGGGAAAUGAGUGAUAUCCUGACCGGCACAUCGUUAAACAUUAAGAUCGCCAAAUUCUACGGGUAUUCGCCGUUAUCCAAAAUUUGCGACAUGAAUGAACUUUGCUGCGAGAAAGAACCGUGGCCAAUCAAUUUAUUCCUAACUCCACCGGCUUCUCCUGAAGGAGGUCAGUCGUACCAAGAUGCUUUAGCUUUGGAUCAACCAAGUUUCGAUAUCGCAACACUAUCGGAAGUUUCGAGUACAAGCGACUUGAAGUCGAUGUUAAUUCGAGACUGUAUGUGGAACGGCGAAACCCCAAAGAAGGGUAAAAGUUUUGAAAAGCUACGAUCCCUUACUAAAACACCGCCACUGAUGGACUGUGGCUUGCGUAUAACAUAUGUGGACCCAUGUGAAAUAUGGCCCUUUCAUCUCAACGUUAACGUAAAGGCGGGAAAAUGGGAUGCGCUAGACAAUACGAAUGACAACAAUGAUGAAGAAGUUGAAGUAGAUGUUGUAAGUGUUGAGGUCGGUCACAAAGACGACGAUGACAGUAAGAUAGAGCAGAAAGCUUUAGGAAAAAAUGUAGAAAUUUUGAAUUUUGACAAUUCAGCAGCGACUGCUAGCCCGUUAGAAAACUCAAGUAGUGGUAUGGAUCACGACUACUCUAGUAAACUUAGAUCGGGAGUCAAGCGCAGACGCUCAAUCAGUAGCGAUUUGGACAAUGUUGGCGACCAGAAAACACAACUUUUGUCUGGUGAUGAGUCUGAUCCUGAGUGCGAGAUGAUUGGUCGCGCAACGCACAAUGUGUUAGAGCGCAAAAGGAGAAAUGAAUUGAAACUUCGUUUCCAGUAUCUUCGCGACUCGAUUCCAGAGAUUUGCGGCAAUGAUCGAGCACCAAAGGUUUCUAUACUUCUUAAAGCGUACAAUUAUAUCUUGCAACUACAGGAAGAAGAGAAGGAGCUGCUAAAAGAAAUGCGAUUGCAGAAAAAACGCAAGGAGCAAUUGAUAAAGAAGGUCUUGGAAAUGAGAAAAUGAAAACUUAUUCUACUGAGAAAAUUAUUGCUCACACUUUUGUAUCCAGACCAAAAUAUGGUUAUUGCUCCUAAUAACUCUGAAGGAGUCUGUAUGCAUAACUUAUCCUGAUGGUUAUGAUGACAUGAACUUAGAAAAAUAUUAAAGGUGAAUAAUGCAACGGAUAUUUGACAUAAAAUUUUAAGAAAAUAUGCAGCUGUAAACAACAUGCAAUUGUUGAAAAAUGAACAUGAUUCUUUACGAUUUUAAUUCUCUGCCAUAAGAAGCGCUAACUGAAGACGUUUGGCGCUCAUUUCUGCUAGAAUAUUUCAACUAUUAUAGUUUGGUUUCUUUUGACAAUGUAUAUAUUUUAAUGAAACAGCAUAUCCUGUACCAAAAACUGCAAAAAUGUGUUACAGUUAAAACCAGAGCAGUAAUUUUCAAUCAACUUUUAACUACUGAAACAUAUCAAAUCAAAUUGCAUUGCCUUGAGGUCGACACAUAGUUGCUACAUGUGUUAGAUUUCAUAUUAGUUUCCCUCUGUUAUGAAUAUUAUCAGGAUAAAAAGAGUUAGCAUAGAGUAAACUGAGCCAGGAACAUGUAGGAUAAAGAAAUAUUUAAUACACUAAAGUUUUAUUUAUAUUUUAUCUUGUGCGAUCAUUUAUUGUAUAAAUGUGUCUUUUAGACGAAAUAGAAUAUUUGUAGUAUAUAAUAGCACAACUUUUGUCGUAAUUUGCAUAUGCUCUACUCGCGGUUUCUUUAUGAAAGCAUUUUCAUUAAAAUAAAAACAUGCAUUUGCUGA